AAUCCAUUGACAUUCUCACGUUCUAAGCUUAAUUUCAGUUUCUUGUUUUUCCCCUCCUUUUGAAACAGCUGAGAGCUGAUGUUGUACCCAAGACUGCUGAGAACUUCCGUGCUUUGUGCACUGGUGAGAAGGGUUUUGGCUACAAGGGCUCUGGCUUUCAUCGUGUCAUCCCCAAAUUCAUGUGCCAGGGUGGCGACUUCACCGAUCAUAAUGGAACCGGUGGAAAGUCUAUCUACGGCAACAAGUUUGCAGAUGAGAACUUCACCCUGAAGCAUGGAGGGAAGGGAACCCUGUCCAUGGCCAACGCCGGACCGAACACCAACGGCUCCCAGUUCUUCAUCUGCACCGCUGAUACUACUUGGCUCGAUGGCAAACACGUUGUGUUCGGGAAAGUGGUAGAAGGAUUGAGCGUAGUGGAUGCCAUGGAGGCUAAAGGAAGCAGCAGCGGGAAAUGCUCUGCCAAGGUCAUGAUUGCCGAUUGUGGCCAACUUUAAUUGUUUCUUACUCCCUUUUCCCAUUCCAACCAUGCACAUUCCUUACUAUAUAGUGUUUUUUUUUUUUUUAUUGCCAUUCCUAAAUGAGAUG